UCGGGUUUCAUCAUCAGAUAUUAGAACGUAGAUAAGCCGACGUGCGUACAUCGAAUGGUAUUAUUUGUUGUUAGACAGUAACAUGGACCGCCUUUCUCUCUGUCUGCUCCUCGGCCUGACCCUCGUCGUGUGUUCUGCGGUAACACACGUUCAAGGCAAGUCGAUGUCGCCUCCAUGGGAAUGUGGCCCUCCCUGUGACAUAGCCUGCAAAUGUGGCCUGCAGACUGACCGCAGGGGAUGUCUAACAUGUACAUGCAAACCUUGCGAUGUGCCAACUGCGUGCCCGGAAAUACGAUGUCUACAAGAGAAAAAGUGUCGUUUCGGAUACAAAACGAUAAACGGGUGCCCCACGUGUGAAUGUAACCGACCCUACAACUGCCCCUACUAUCGUCCGUGUCAAAAGUGGCUGAACUGCCCUGCUGGACUCGUCGAGAUCAACGGAUGCCCAACAUGCAUGUGCAAACCUACAAUGAAAACUACCCCAAGGCCAGACUUCUGCCUCACGUGCUGUGGACCACCCCCCUGCUGUAACUACUGUGGGCUGGAGAAAUUCCUAGCUAUAGCCAAGUAGGCGAUGCAGCUGUUGUAAUCCCAUGAAUAUCUUUGGAUCUUAAUGAGGAACACCCGUGGCUGCCAGCACACACUGUUCAUUAGUCAACUGUUAUCAUCAAUGCUUUAUUUACAUUUUGUAUUUUAAUAAAUAUACAUAAAACCGU